GCCGCCACUCAGGGCGGCGGCGGAGGGCGGGUGGGCGCGAGGAGCCGCCGCCGCCGCCCGGAGAACAGGGGGCCACGUACCCGCCAUCUUGUGGUCGCCCCCUCCUCCGCGGCCGCCCGGGGAUCCGGGGCUACAUGGAGCGGCGCGAGCCGGGGAGCCGGUGGACGCGCGCGGGAGGGGCGGCGGGGAGGAGGAGGGCCGGGCUGGCGGGGGCGCGCGCGCGGGGCGGGCCGAGGGCCCGGGCCUGCCGCGGGCGGCGCGGCUCUCGGACGCCUGGGCCCCCGGCCGCGUCCCGCCCCGCCUGCUCCUCUGCGCGGCUCCCGGGCGACCGGCGCUCCCGCCUCCCGCCUUCCCCGCUCCCGGCCGGGCCCCGACCCGGCGGCGCGCGCUCACACCCUCGGCCCAAGCCGCCCUCACGCCGAGCGCUGCGGACGGGGGCGCGCAAACUGCCGCCGGCCGGGACCCUGCGGCGAGUGCCGGAACCCGGCCGGGCGGGGCCUCCCGCGGACCGGCCGCUUUAUUGGGUCACCGGCCUCGCCCACCGCCCUGCAGGCCGCAGCCAUCUCGGCGGGCGCGCCGCUCGUGGCCCGCGCCCCAUCCCCAGGCCUGCACCUGACACACUCAGAAUGACAAAGGAGUUAGAAAUUCACAUCAACAUAAAUUGGUCCCGACUGACUCAAACCAUGAGAAUUCUGCCCCUGCUGAGACACCUUAGCCGAAGUCUUGCCUUGUAGCCCAGGCUGGAGUACAGUGGCACAA